UUCCUGGUUGGGGAAACGAAUACCUCCAUUCACAGGAAAACCGGAUCCUUCAUCGCAAAAUCUUAGGCCCUGACAAAUCGGUGCAUGCCGGGGGCAAAAAACAUGUUGUUUUUAUAGAUGACAUCACCAUUCACUUUUUAACACAUUUUGUAAUAGACGCUAAUCAAACGAUAUUCCGCCUGUUACUGUUUUAGGCUGUUUCCGCAGAUUCCGCUAAAUCGCCAUGAUCCAUAACAGCCGUUAGAAGUGUUAUUCGUAUCGUUCUGGUCUUAGGUACUUGUCGCGAUAUGUCUUCGGCUAAUGUAUAACGGCAACUGUGGAAUCUAACCUGUCAUGUAACAACCUUGUAAGAUUGUCAUGGAGAGCUAAUACAAGUACCAUUGAUUUUCCUCCACGGCGAGCACCUCGUUUGCUACCCCGCCAUGAUCCACGCUGACCACGUUGGUGAAAAGCAUGAACUUCUGCUUCAGCUUUCGACGAAUUGACACCACCAGUGGCACUAGCCAGGCCCUUCAGAUGAGCUUUGCUAGUCUCAGAAGCUCUACACAAUUUCACAGCACUGGCACUAAAGUCAGAUCAGGUUCACGUAACAAUCGUUCUUUAACAUCAGCAUCGGCGACACCCGUCACCACCUGAUCUCUGAUUUCGGGUUUUUAUCACCAUUUACUGACACCAAAUAACGAAGACUGCGUAGAUAAUCAAUGGUACUUGUAUUGGUACUGAGUUCAACUCGGGAAUUUGACCAGAUCACGUUUACGAAAGAUAGUGGUGUUGCACAGCACUAGAUUAUCCUUCGGGUAGGCCUUACCAAUGCUCGAGAAACACAAUACAUGUAGAGCUCUUUCAUUGUGCCACCCCUAAAGCCGGUGUAGAAGUUUAAAAUGUCCUAGGAUAAAAUGUCCGGGAACAAAGGAUUCUAUUAUGCGCUUCAAUCUCUGAGCUAUUGACGGUCAGGGUCUCUAUAGAACCAUAUUGCAGAAUACAAUAGGGCCGGACACUUUUUCCAGGGGGGACACUUUUUACUUUUACACCGGCUGCCGAGGGGUUGCAUAACAUUACUAUCAAAGUGAUCACACUGUUACAGUUUAGUGACAAGAGGUCAGCAAUUUUGGCCAGACCUAUCUGAAAAACACGAGACAAUUAUACUGGUUAACGAGAAUAUUGUCGACAGAUGGUGUUGUCAAUAUUGUGCGAUAAAUGUGAGUCAACGACAAUUCUGUUGCCAUUGGUAGUGUUAAAUACGUUAACAUGUUACCAUGGAAACCAGGCUAUCAAAACAUGAAGAGAAGACAGAGCUUAGGCUAUUCUUAAAAACUACAAAGGUAACCGCGAUCUAGGCAUCGAAUACGAAGAUGAAAAUACUAUUGUGAACGUAAUGCAUACAAUGUACAUGUGUCACUAAAUAACAAGUACUAUACAUGUACAUGUAUAUGCUACAUACACUGCAGUGAAAUGGAAAACAACCUUCAUUUUUUGAGAUUUUCGACUUUUCGUCAAAUACAUUGCAGUGCACUCUAUAACAACUUACUAUGCAUUUCAUCAAUUAGUCUAUUUGGCAAGCUGACGCCAUACAAUUUCACGGCAUCUCCAUUUCAAACUUGUUUUGGUCAACAGUGAUAUCUUCUCGGAAUUACCACAAUUUUUCUUCAAAAACCCUUAUAACUUUUUUUUUCUAAACUUUUUUGAAAAAACUCAUGAAUCUUUAUUUCAUCGAAAUCAACAUGCGAUGCUGGAGAUAUAACAAAAUAGAUGCAUUUUUUGGGGACGUACUGUGUAGACAACAGAAUGGUUUACUAUUAUUCCAACAAUAGAUCUACACACCCAUACGAACAGAGACAUGUAUUCAUCCACAGGCGGAAGUGUGACACAUAGUCCGUACUGAACUGUGAAGCUGUGGUAAAUACAUGACUGUGAUGGGUGAAAGUGGAUUUAUUCUUCAAUCUUUGGUGGAUUCUCAAUCAACAGAGCCAGGCCAUAACAGGGAUUCUAAUAGUAUCAGUCCGCGAGUGACGAUUUGAUGGCAAUGCUGUACACAAAUCAAUUUUUCUCAGGCAAUCGGUAUUGGAAUGUUUUGAAUUUUUACUAUUAUUUCGAUAAAAGCCUCUUCAUAACACAUAUAAAAUUUGGCGGGAAUUAAAGCACCCUUGGCGAACUUUUUUCACCAACCUAUAUUCAUUAAAAUGUACACAGAAUGUACACGCUGGCUAAUAGAGGUCUCUGGCCAUACACAGCUACUUUUUUGCUUUUGGCGUGCUCUCUACAAAGAGCUAUAUCUGCAGUUCUGUUUGGUCGAUUUUAAUGAACUAAGCGCCAAAAUUCUUAGAACUUUGUGUAUUAUCAUUCAAGCAAUUUUCUCUCUCAAAAAAGUCAGAAAUAAAAAAGAUUUUUGAAAGGGUUUUUUAAAUAGCCGAUUACAUAAUGAAACACUUAUGCAAUCACAUUCCGGCAAUAAUGCAUGAUAAGAAAACAAAAUUUCUCACAAUAUGAUAAAAUCCGCAUAGAAUGUGGUGCAUUAGUUUGCGCAAUGUGUUGAUAUUAAUAUGAGCUAGAGUGUAAGGACCAAACUUCUACAUUAGUCUGACCUACAUGAAUCUCAACCAAAAUAUCACGAAGGUCAUCCGCGGUCGCAGCAUAAUCGUCUGCUAUUUCCCCCCUUGUUAUUGGGUCAUCAAAACCCUGCUGUUCAAUGUGAAUCCAUUUUUGUGUCCAAUGGUACUGCCUUGUUGUCUGGUGAAUGAGGUCCGAUGAAGACCUUGUCACGUGAAUAGAAAUAGCGAAUUAAUUGAGUGAAUUUCUAUACCAAAUGAACAAUGUCGGGCGAAGUAGCAGACGACUCAUUUGCAUAUUUAGGUCAUGACAUUUUCACCCGAAUGUGACCCUUUUGUAAUUUUAAUCCGGAAGUGAUUAACCCUUUUCGUCAAGGUUACAGGACGGGGACAAGCUUUUUCAUUCCAAAAUAUAUUACCAUUACCAUUACCAUUCAUUAUCAUCUUUUAGUGCACAUGGGGGCUCAGCGAUGAUUGAUCAUAGGAUUAAAAUCAGGUGUCAAUGAAUCAGGCGUAUCUCCUACUUACGAUUAUGAUUUUAGCCCCCAAAAAACAAACAACCUGGACGUGCUAAUCCUUUAGUUUCGGAUUACCUUUCUAUUGAAUCACCCUGUAGUCAUAGGCCCUAACGUCAUGCAAAAACCUUCCCUUUUAAUACGUAAUCAAUACAAAAUCGCUUUAAAGUGAUUUUUAAAAACAAACCAAUUGAAGUUUGGUUGACAGCUGUGAUUUUUUUCUGAUAAAAUGGGCCUCUGUUGUAUAUCAGACAUUUCAAAAAAAGGCUAGUUUUAUCAUUGCGUAGCUGUGACUUAAUCUGUAAAAGGUUUAAAAGUCCAUGACUUAAAAGUUCCAGUUUUUACACAAAUUAGUUUGAUUUCCUUGAAAACAAAAAAAACCACUAAGUAUUAUUGUACUGCAUUACAAUGAUUUUCGCAAGUGCAAACAACAAAACUCAGGGUUCAACGAGUGCCAAGACGAUUAGUACUAUUUCAAGCCCAAUCUAAUCCUCUUAAGUAUUGAGUAGAAUUCUUACAUUACUGUAUAUCGGUUAGGCGUGUAUUGUUAUUAGAGCUAGCAUUCCUGAAAAGGUAAAGAAAUUCUUCAUAAAUUCCACUUCAAUUGGGUUAUGUAGUAAUCGAGAGCUGAAUGUAUACAGUCAUACAUCUUAUAUACAUGUACAUACAUAGGUUCAUGCGUACAGUAAAGGGGUACGUGUUCGUUCGUAAUUACUGGUGGUCCAGGAAAAUAGAAUUGCAGUUAUGCACAAUAUCGUAGUGCGGUUAUUAUUUAUAUAUACGUUUACUGAAACUUAGGUUUUAUAGUAUACAAAUAAAUACAAAUGUCAAAGUUGGCGUUGGCUUUUAACAACCCCCCCCCCCCCUUAGACUUAGUUUUUGGUCGGAACAGUGUCACUUUGGGCCAUGAUCGGGGAUUGUAAACUCUUUCAAAACAAAUACUCCGUGAAAUAUAAAACAGAAAACCCAUAUCAGCUUCCGGGUAGGCCAACUAAUUUCAAUUGAAUGCACAGAUUCUGAAAAACUGGAUCUACUCUCUAAUCAUGUGGUUACCCAUAGUAUAUAAUCUAUACACACCUUUGUUAUGUUUACAUCCGCCUCAGUCGGAGUGUGCCAUUCUAUGAAUUCAUGAAUGAAAUGACGUGGGCUCAUCUAAUAUUCUCUGUCUUCCUAUUGGCUGUUUGUUGCAUUGGGGACGAGGAAGUGACGCUUUGGCGCGCAUAUGUUUACAACAAGAUCAGACCAAAACAUUAGAGAAAGAAUUUCGGACGUACUCUAAAUUUUGUGAAUAAUCAUUGGAAUAUAGUUCUUAUUAUGACAAAAGGAAUAGAAGUGGACCAGAAAUCUAUAGACGGGUCGACAGGUUCUGCAGAAAAUGUCUGCGCCCCACUUAUGGAACAUGAUGUUAUACGACCAGAGAUAAAAUUCGGACGACUCGAACUAAACGGUGACGUGAAGAAAGAUGUAGAAAAAGGUCCAGACACUGAUUCUCUCGUGAUAGAUGUUCCCCAAAGGGCCGAGUGGGGAGGCAAGUUGGAGUUCCUCCUGACCUGCAUCGGUUAUGCUGUCGGCCUCGGCAACGUAUGGAGGUUCCCAUACCUCUGCUACAAAAAUGGCGGAGGUGCCUUCCUGGUUCCAUACGUCAUUAUGUUGGCGCUAGUCGGCCUCCCUCUUUUCUUCAUGGAACUUGCUUUUGGACAAUUUGCAAGUUUGGGCCCGAUUUCCAUUUGGAAGAUCAACCCUCUCAUGAAAGGUCUCGGCUACGGAAUGGUCAUCGUCUCCUGGUUGAUUGCCCUCUACUACAACGUCGUCAUCUCUCACACCCUCUUCUACCUGUUCGCCUCCAUGACUUCAGUCCUGCCGUGGACCACAUGUGAUAAUCAUUGGAACACAGACGCCUGCCUGUUGCCGCCAUCAAAAAACAAUACGCUCAAUGCUAACAUGUCCGCUAGUUUGCUCAGCACGAUUUCAACUGUUGCUGCAACUACCGCAAGGAACUUGACGGGCAGCAAGACGCCCAGUGAGGAAUAUUACAACAACUACGUAUUGGAACAAUCAUCUGGAAUCGACGACUUUGGCCUACCUAGCUGGAAGCUGCUUCUCUGCCUCCUCCUGGCCUGGGGCAUUGUCCUCGCUGCCCUUCUCAAGGGCAUCCAAUCCCUUGGAAAGGUGGUCUACUUCACUGCAAUCUUCCCCUACGUCAUGUUGACUGUCCUCCUCAUCCGUGGCGUGACUCUCCCAGGAGCUGAUAAAGGUAUCUUGUACUACCUCAGGCCUGACUUCUCUAGGUUAGGGGAUUCAAGAGUAUGGAGUGACGCCGCAACACAGAUCUUCUACUCACUCAGCGCUUGCUCUGGUGGACUCAUUGCGAUGGCCAGUUACAACAAAUUUGAAAACAAUUGCUACAGAGAUUCCCUCAUCGUGGCUUCAAUCAACUGUGGAACCAGUGUCUUUGCCGGUCUAGUCAUAUUUUCCGUCCUUGGUUUCAUGGCUACAGAGAAGGGAGUGGAGGUGAGCGAUGUUGCUGCUGGAGGUCCAGGUCUUGCCUUCGUCGUCUACCCCGAAGCUAUCGCCAAGAUGCCAGUCGCUCCACUCUGGGCCAUCCUCUUCUUCAUCAUGAUGGCGACCCUGGGCUUCGGUUCCCAGUUCUCCAUCAUGGAGUGUGUCCUCAGCGCCUUCACAGAUGAGUUCAAACGAUUCAUCACGGGACAAAGGGAGUCCAUCAUCUUCAGAUGCUGUGUCAUUGGGCUCUCCUUCGUGCUUGGUAUCCCGAUGGUUUGCAAGGGAGGUAUCUACUUGCUCAACCUGGUCGAUUACAGUGUCAGUGGUUUCCCCCUCCUGUUCGUCGGAUUCUUCGAACUGGUGGCUCUCAACUGGAUCUACGGUUUCCCAAGAUUUUCUGAGGAUAUUCGGAUGAUGUUGGGACACAAACCAAAUAUUUACUGGAAGGCAUGCUGGAUGGUGGUCUCACCUGUUAUAAUUAUUGUGACUAUAGUCUUCAAUGUGAUAUCUUACAAACCCCCAGACCUGGACGGCUAUUUGUACCCGGCCUGGGCCCAGGCUAUUGGCUGGCUGAUCGGAAUGUGGCCAAUCGUGAUGAUCCCUGGAUGGUUUUUGUACCAAUACUGCAGAGAUGGUGGUUGGGCUCUGUUGAAAGAAGCUGUCAAACCAGAAAUGGAAUGGGGUCCAGCAAUGCCAGAGAACAGAACGGAGGCAUAUUUAGAGUUUGGAGAAGACAAUGACGGCUACAUCAGCAGCAAAAGCACAAUUUUUUCCACCCGGGAAAACCUCAGCACGAUCGUCGUCUGCCAGAAUCGACAAAAUACGAGAAACGGAAGUGUCAAAGGUCAAAGUUCACCUGGCCCUAAGAACGGUUCUAAUUCGCCCAAUACACCAAAAGCAAAUCAGGAGGAAUCAGGGGACAAGUCAUGUGACCAAGGAAAAGUGUACACAAUCAUAAAGAGCGAAACGUGCGUUUGAACAUUUAAAAAAAGUUGAUUCCAAGUAAUCUAUUCCAAUGUGCUCAAAUUUCAUUUGCUGACGUAUUAGUAUUUUUUUACAAAGGUUUUUGUUCGGCACAGCUUUUUGAUGUGCAUUUUGUAAAGAAAUGAAAGUUUUGAAUCAAGGAUAUGGUUUGUUGUUCGAAAGAGGGGAGAGAAAGGGAACAUUGUGUUAGCUCCCUAUGCCUUGUGGGAGGUGACUUCAUUUUUUUAUGUGUCCUUCUUCAGUGUUACUGGGCAUCUUCUACAUUAUCUGAGAGGGUUGGGAUGAACCAGCAGCUGUCCACACCCAUGGGUGUAGGGUACUAUCACUACAGCCUGGCAAAGGCCUGGGAACUGUUCCUGGUCUGACCGAGUUUGGUGGAAUGAUUUUAAUAGUAACGAGGAAGGAAGUCCCAAUCAACCCUGAAGGGGUCGCAGCUAGAAACCAUGGCCAGCAUUUCGAAAUCAGCCCUGGUGAGCUGAUUAAACUACCAGUAGACUUCGUUGUGGUAUGCAACUGAAAUUUAGCGUGUGGAGGUGAAAGUUAGUCUCGGUCAGUGAGUGGGCAGUGACUAAAGUAAUCUUCCUCUGUUUUAUUCCUACAACAAGUACAAUACCCUUCCCUCGCCUCAGUAGGUAUCAAAACAUCAUCAAGUCAUACGCAAGUUACUGAAUGGAACCCUAUUGCGGACCCUAUUGUCCACAUGUUCAGUAGGCCUGAUCUAGCUAACUGAUCUACGCCACACUUGUGAACAGGAAAUGAGAGUGUUCAUUUUCACCGCCCGCGAAAAUGUUAAAAGUAGGCUGAAUCGUUGGUGUGCGGAAUCCCCUUCAGUCAGUGGGUGAUCAUGAUUAAUACGAGGCUGAAUUGUGAUUUUGAUUUUGUCAGUCUUGGUUCAAGUUGCAGUGAUAAGCAAGUAGUUCCAGUUUAUAAAGUAUAUCUACUAACCGUCACCACACCAUUGGGUAGACAAAUGUGGGAAGUUACACACAAUGCCAUGGUAUUAUUUGGCAAUAUAAUAAGGGAGCGUGGUGAUGUAGAUUGUACUGAAAGGUCGUGGGUUCCAAUCCCUUUGGCACUUAGUUCCUUCUCACUGGAGCUACUCCUGAACAUUCCCGGAAGACUCUGGGAUGCAAAAGCACUUUGAGUAAGGACUCGUGUCUAUGGAAAAGUAGUUUUGUUUUAAUAUUGGCCAAAAGGUCAGACUCUUGCCCGUUUGGCAGCUACCCGUACAGCUAAUGACAGUAGCAAAAGCGAGUGAUAAUUUACAUUUUACAAGUUCCAGCUCAGGAUCUUGUGUGUGAUUGAGUAAUUGAUCAGUUGAUUAAGGGUUGAUCAUAGACACCACCUUUUUGGCAAGAACUUGAAAUCCUAGAACAAUUAGAACUCUUACCAAACGAAGUGAAUGCCAAUUUCAACUGUGGGAGUUGUUUUCCAGAGAACAUCCUUAGGUUAUAAAUGGGUAUUUUACUUUAUUUCAAAGGAGUGCUAAUUGCUUUAGAAUUUCAAAGUCUAGCCAAAGUGGCGGUACCUUUGGCCAGCCCAGUUUAAAAAGACUACUCACCAAACCUAGCUGUCUCCCUCCAUAUAUAUUCAUAAAGGAAAGUGAAGACUCCAGGUUAUAUACACCUUUCCAGAAAUGGGGCGCUAAGUGUCCGAAAUAGUGAUGUCAUAAGGGGAAACUAGGCCUUAUGGUGGAGGGACAAAGGAGAUAGUCAUGGUUGACCAACACACUUGAAUGCCUUUAAUGACGGACAAGGGGGAAAAAGUUAGUUCCAAUGCAAGCCACCAAUUUCGGGAAGCAUGUAUACCUCAGUACACUUUCACUUGCUCUCUCCCUUCUGCACAUGCGCAGCUUCCAAAGCAAUACGAGAGCUGAAUGUUGAUUGGUCAGAUUCAGUGUCCUGGAGAAUGGAGAAUUGACAGAGAGUCACCCCUUUUCUUUUUAUGUAUAUAGAGAGGGGCAGCUUUAGGCCUUGUUUCAGUCCGGAGGGGAGUACAUGUAUGCUUUUUAAACUCAGCUGAUCAGUCAAUCACAAGGGUCUGUAGUUUCUGCGACAAUCUACCACGAGAAUCUCUACGAAUCAGUGACUCAUAUCUCAUCCCAUAAAAGACUAAACUUCAUAAACCAAUUCUCAUCAUCAUAUCUUUACCGUUUCAUAAUAAAUUUUGGUUGGUAGCAGAUCUUAUAGGGACACAUUGGGCGUGGGAUUCAGGUGGCCAGGGGGAUAAUGUGCCCACUUGCCACUAUGCGCCGCCACAUAGCGUCUAGCUGAUACUGAUCUCUGAUAAUGAUUUACACUGGUGAUGCGUGGCGAUUUUGGAGAUGGCUUGCAAAUUUACGAGAUGGCUUGCAGAUUUAGAUAGAAUAAGUCGGAGGAAAACGACGCAAGGGAAGAUGCAGGACAAGAUGGGUGGACGCAGUGACAAGAGAUGCUGAGUCAGCAGGUGCAGGGAGGAAUGUACUGAACACCACUGCCCAAGACCACAGACAGUGGAGACGUGUCCUUGCACAACUGACGUAGACAAACACGUCAUGUUACCGCAGUGAGUGAGUGAGUGAGCGGUUACAUUCCAUUUUAGUGUCAAUCACAAUGUAUUCACUUUUCAAUAAUCUUGUUUGAAGACGACACUGACCUACUGGAAGCCAUUUUUGCAAUGAGAAAUCAACGUACCACAUGCCCUACUUGUGUCUUCAAAUUUGGACACCACUGCCAAAUUUCAUUCAUUUUUUUAUCACAAAUAUCCAGUGACAGCUGUUUUAUGGAAAAAGCAAUCAAAAUUAAAAAAAGCAGUUGCUACAAUAUGUAUUUUUUGUUCAUAUUUUGUUGUUGUCAAAGGAGAGAAAGUAGUUCUAGAUUUGAUAAGAAAACAUGAAACAAAAAAAUUGGCUUUUUUUAUGAGCUUAGACUUUUUUAAAUGAAUAUUGCAAUUAUUAUUAGGUUCAAGCUUAAUUUGAUGAAGUGGUCUUAGAUUUGAAUGAUGGGGCGAUUAGUAAAUUGACCAAUGCGAUCAUUUUGUGAUAUAUAUGUACACUCAUAAAGACAAGAGCUUUUGAGUUGUGAAUGGCCUCAUAGCAUCUUGACCACCAAGGUUUUUGCAUCUUAUCAAGAUUCAAAAUUAAGGGGAGCCGUAUCAAACCAUGAGGCUCAGGAUGAAUCUUGGGGUCUGCAGCCAACUCGAAAUGUAACCCUGUGAGUGAUUAAUUGACCCUUUGGCGCAUGUUAAUAAUCGACCAAUAGGAUCAGAUGAUAUUGACCAAUGAGGUCACUCUAAAUUGACCACAGGGAUCAAGGGACAGGUAGUUGACCAAUGAUAUGUUGAAAGGUUUUUUGACCAAUUAGGCCUAAAGUUGUAAAAACUAGUAAUAAUUAAUAAAGUUUUAAAGUGUGGAAGCACAGCAUCUUAUCAAGACUUAGGUACCGCAUUCUGACAAAAGGGGGCUUUAUUAAUUAUUGAUACUAGUAAUCAUAAAACUUUGUGAGGUCAAAUUUUGCUUUUUUUAAGUUAGUCUCUCAGGAAGAAUGCAUUGUAAAUUUAGUUGUAUUCGUGGUGCAGCCGCAGGAUGUACCAGUUUCUAUAUAUUGUGUAUAUAUUAUUGCGUUUAUUGAAUUGCAUAAGGUAAUGUUGUACAAUUAUAGCUAUGGUACAAAUGCCACUGUGUACAUAAAUACAUACUACCGGCUGUUUUCUUCACUGUAGGGGCAAUUACAGCCUCUGUGUGCAUAAAUGUGCACUGUCAGCUGUUUUUAUCACACUGCAGGGGCAAUACUUGUACCAUAGCUACAAUUGUACCACGUUACCUUACUGUCUUGAUGUAAAUGGUUGGAGGCAAAUUGCAUUAAUUUUUAUUGCUGUAAAUAUCGCCCCUCUGUAAAUAUUUUCCGUCAUCUGUGGACCAUUUCAAUAUGUUCUGCUGUUCAAUACAUGAUAUCAUGUGAAAACGAUAGAACAAGGAAAACUGACUGAUUUUCAAAAUAUUUGGCACAUCUUGACCAUUCAUU